AUGCCAGUUCCUUUCGAGGCCGUUCUUCACAUGGGCAUGGUGGUCGUCAUGUUCGGCGUCGCUGGUACGGGCUUCAACCUGGCCAGGAGGACAGUCAACGACGGCAAGCCCGCAAGACACAGCCUCGACGACUGGGAGCGCAUGAUGAUGUCGCGCGACGAGAGGUUGACUGGUAGCUUCAGAGGGCAGGCUGCCAACCCGACAGCACCAAAAGAGUUUGCGACCAACAGCGUGUGGAACACGGAAAAGAUCCAAUGA